AUGACUAUUGAAAGAGAUUUUUACGACGCUGAUUCAAUGUCUUCAUUACCUGAAAGACAGAAACGAAACAAUGCCCUGCCGUUGCUUCACCAUCCAAUAAAUUUGAGAGUGAAAGAAGAAAGAAAGAGAUUUUAUGAGCACAGCAGAGUUCUGUUAUUCAAUUUGAAAGCGUGCUUCGUCGAUGAGUAG